AUGAUCAUUUCACCUGCUGAAUUUCUGUCUGCCCCCCUCCCCAAGUGUUGUGGGGAGAGGGGACCAACCAAAGUUGACAAUUGUCUCCUGUCUUCUUCCAUUUUGGUGUGGUCUCACCAGCCACUGCCAAGUCUUGUUUUCCUGCUUGAGCAGAAGCUUCCUUGGCCGCUCUGGUUGCCAUGGAAACAUGUUGGCCUCAGUGGCAUCAAGAUGGCUGCCGUGUGGAAAGGGGAGCUGGGCAGCGGUGAGACUCCGGACAUGCGGCUGGGAAGGAGAGAGCUAGAGAAGGAGGAGAGACGAGGUAACUGUCUGCCGCUUCCGAAAGAAGCUUUUGAAGCCUACUAGCUGCCCCUGCUAACCUUGCGUUUCUCAUUCUCAGCACAGCCUCCCCUUCCGCUCCCCACCCUGUUCUUUUGCAUUAAUUUCUAAAAGCAAUGAUGAUAGAAUAAAGGCCUCCCCCUCAGAAGUAUGGCACUCUGUGCAUGCUCAGGGGGAGGCAGCUGAUUAAGCCUCUUGUUCAAGCCAUUUUAUGGCUUGCGAAAUAAUAACCUUGUGGGCCUCUGUCCAAUGGAUUUCAUGUUGGGUCCAUUUUUAAUCACCUGACCCUCUUUUUCCUCUCUUAACAUAUAUAGGAAACCCAAUUUGAUAGUAUUAUUAAUUAUAAGGAUUUUUCCUGCCCCUUCUCAAAAAAAAUCAUAAAAUAGUAGACAGGGGUUUUGUAGGUGCUCCCAGCAGCAAACAGCUCCCCUCCCACAGAGUCUCUUUUUAGCUUCACAACACCCCUGUGAGGUAGGUUAGGUGGGGAGAGGAAGGGAGGGAGAGACUAGCCCAAGACCACCCAGUAAGCUGCAUGACUGAGUGGAGGAUUUGAACCUGAGUCGUCUGUCAAGCAAUCUGACCACAGGGUGGGGAACCUUUUUUUCAGGCCCAGAGCUGCAUUCCCUUCUGCACAUCUUUCCAAGGGCCACACGGCAGUGGUGACUGGGGCCAGAGGCAAAAAUGGCUGGAGCAAUUAAUGUAGAUGUUAGCUUUGUACAACAGGCUAGUUUCUUCAGGCAUGCUCCCCUCUCUGUCCUCCAUCCAGAGCUGUAGCUAGGUGAUCUUGCGCCUCUGGCAGAACCUUCCAGAUUGCACCCCCUCGGCACGGACAAAUUAGCUCUUUCUGCCUCUCCCCCCCCUCCACCCAUUCAAUUCACCCUCUAUUUAAAACCAUUUCUUAUGAGGCAAUAAUCGAUAUUUAUGGACAUAUUUUUAGCCGGUUUUGUGCCCGCAGAGCUGGAGAUGGGGUAUGGCGUGAAGAGAAUUUCAAGGGCCAGAUAGGGUUAGAGGGCCGCAUUUGGCCUUCAAACCCGAGGAUCCCAACCCCAGUUUAAACAGUAUGCAAGUUAAGAACCAUAUGUUUUCUCUUUCCUCUUCCUGUCCUUUCCAUUCUGGAAAAUGGCAGCAACUCCCUCCCCCCUUCCUGCUACAUCACAUUCCGAUUUUGGAUGGCUCAGUUGACUUGAGCUGGCCUUUCGGACCCCCUCCUCUACUUCCACCACCCCACAAAAUAAGCCACCCUUUAUUUUAUUUUAAAUUGUUCCAGGGUUUCAGUGCAGCCCCUCCCUAGGAAGCUGCGGAAUAAUACUGCUGAAUUAGCCUUAACACUAGGCCAAAGUCCCAAGUCUCUCUGACCUCGACCAAAGCAUUUUGCUGAAAGCGUUUAGGUCCAGUUGGAGUCAAGGUGAUGCAAGUCGCUCAGAUUAGGGAGAAGAAACAUAAGAAGCUGCCUUAUGCUGUCUCAAAUCCUUGUUCUGUCUUGCUCAGUUCUGUCUGGCAGCGGCUCUCCAGGGUUUCAGGCAGAGCAUCUCUCCCAUCUUGACCUGGAGAUGUCAUUGUGCAAAGCAGAUGCUCUACAAAUGGAGCUAAAUCCUCGCAAAGAGAAACCCAGUACACCAAGGAAAAGAGUUCUAAGCCUAGCUUCCUCCCUGAUGUGCUAGGUUUUAUAAUGUGCUGGGAAUAUUGCUUUUAGGAUAUGAGUGAUCAUUUGUGUCAGGGAACUGCCAUCGGACGGAAGGGAGGUGAAAGGGCUCACACAGGUUGGGAGAGACGCAGCAGCUGAAGAGGGAACCAGCAGGGAGGUGAAAGGGCUCACACAGGUUGGGAGAGACGCAGCAGCUGAAGAGGGAACCAGCAGGGAGGUGAAAGGGCUCACACAGGUUGGGAGAGACGCAGCAGCUGAAGAGGGAACCAGCAGGGGAGAGGAGCUGAGCUGGAGGGAUGGCUCAGAGACACUUCCAGCGAAAACAGUGGGGAGGUUUCAGGACCUCCUGUAAGAACACCCACUCCUCGCCGGAAACUGUCACGCAGAGAUUCCAGAAGACGUGUUUCCGUUAAGGAGCUUUUAUGUUGGAAGCGAUUACGAAAGCAACCACUGUCAGAAUCUGCUAGUGACUAGAGUAGCCAUGUCUGAGGGGCUCCGUCACAGACAGAGGUUUGUGGACUUGAACAAACUCUGAGGGGAUACGAUUUUACGCACAAGCAGCUCAUCAUCCCAUCACAAUUUGGCAAUGUGAGUUAUGGAACUGGAACAGUCCAGACACAAAUUUACCACUUGCUGGCACUGUGAAUCUUGAACUCUGCCCCCACUCUGUUGUGCCUUCUAAUUCUAAGAUGCCAGGAAUGAACCAGGGAUCAUCUUCUUGCAAAGCCCCUGAGCUAUGGAGGGAAGAGACUCCCAGACAAGUUUGAGAGGUUGCAGCUUAGUGGCAGAGCCACUGUUUUGCAUGCAGAAGGUGUUUAAAAUAGAGAGGGGUUUUAAGAUUACGCAUGGUGUAAAGAAAGUGGAUCGGGAGAAGCUUUCUCCACCCCCAACCCUCAUAAUACCAGAACCAGGGGACAGACAACAAAAAGAAGUACUUUCUUCACACAGCAUGUACUUGGGACUGUGAAGUUUGCUCCAAAUAGAGGCAUUGAUGGCUAACCAACUAGGAUGGCUUUAAAGGAGGAUUAGACAAAGUCAUGGAAGAUAAGGCUAUCAAUGGACGCUAAGCCUGAUGGCGAUGUUCUCUCACCACUGUUGGGGGCAGUAAUGUGUCUCUGAAUACCAGUUGCUGGGAAUCACAAAUGGGGAGAGUUGCUGUUGCGUUUAUGUCCUGCUGGUGGGCUUCCCAUCGGGGCUUCCCAUUGGCCACUGUGAGAACAGGAUGCUGGUCUAGAUGGGCCUGUGGGAGGAUCCAGCUGCCAACUAUCUUCAGAAGGUGCCAGGUUCAGUCCCUGGUAUCACAGGCAAUAGGGUAAGAGAAGCCCCUUUAUAGCUACCACCAUAUGGAAUACACCCAGAUAAGCCAAGAUCUGACCCAGUACAGUAUGUCUGUACCAAGGAACUGAAUAUCCUGACAUCCGAGACAGGCACCCAGAUGGAUGCCCUCGUUGAACUCUUGUCCAUUCAGUAUGUAAUCCUAGCCUGCUCUGAGUUAAGUGUUUGUGUAUGAGAACCACCACUCCAAAAUCUUCCACUGAGAGCAGCUGCCUCACUUUUUAUCUUGAUGGGGUCACCUGGCUCAAGGAUGUGAUCUUGCGGUACAUCGUUCCAAAUAAAUAAUGAGCCUCAUUUCCAUUGAUUUUUAUUUUAUUUUACACAUGCUCAGUAAUUGCCGUGGUAUUUCCAGACCUCCAUAGAAACCCCAAAGACUUGUAGAUUUCAUUUUAACAUAGGGUUUCUGUUUGUCCAGUUUCAAACUUGCAGGUCUUUCCAUCUCUCUUUCCUUUCCAAUUUAUUUUGUUUACUCAUUACAACAAAUGCAAAUACUGUUAACCUGGACAGUUUUUACUUAGUUUGAUAUGUUUUUAAUUGUCCAAGAGACCAGUGGAGAUAGCUUAACUGAGUCAAGAAAGACGACUCAGAAAUCAUUUUGAAUGCUUUAUUACAACAUAAAAUGUUAUUGGGACAUGCACCCCUAACACCAGUAAAUUAGCAAAUUUUGAAAAGUUGUUUGUCAGUUUGCUAUGCAUUCAGACACAUCUUAAGAUAUCACAAUGAAAUUUUGUGUGAUGGUUCCUGAGAUCAAGGAGCCAGUUUUCAUCUAUGUUUUGAUACAGUUGGGUGCCAUUUUGAAUCAAAAUGGCAGACUGGACCGUAAAAACUUCACUGGUUGCAGAACUGUGCUGUUGGUUUCUUUCUUUCUUUCUAAAAAUUUGAAAGCAACAUCAGCUCAAAGGCUGCUCAUUAACAAUAGAGAAGAUAUGCUUAUACACAUUCAAAUCUUAAAAUACACUGGAUGGUUGAUCAGACCACCAAGUGGGCACAGGUCUUACCUAGCUAAGGUGGAUGUUAAUUGAAGAAGCAUCAGCUACAGAUAGUGAUGAGUUGGAAUGCUGUCUCGUAAGUCCAACAUUGUGUUAGAACUAGCACUUUUUUCGGGGCCACAACCUCACACAGUGCCCCCAAACAUACAUUUUUAGGCGAUGUGAAAGCACGGCCCUGAAAAAAGCGUGUAUUUUGGGCUCUCAUGUGGGUCAUGUGAAUCACACAGGAGAAUGGACAGAAACAUCCAUCCCAGUUUUGGGACUCAGCAUGUUGGAGGGUUUGGAAAUACAAUUCUCAGCACAGUGGGAAAAGCUAUGAUAAAGCAACGUGUAUGCUCAGCUCUUGAGGUGCUGUUGAUGAGCAAUUUCAAGGGCCCUCCAGCACCUGCUCUCCUUCCUUUUACUAUAUAUUCAGUUUAUUAUUUAUUCAAUUUAUAUCCCGCCCUCCUUCCCCAAGGAGCUCAGGGUGGCAAACUCACAAACAAGAAAACAGUUCAAACAUCUUGCAAACAAUUUCAAUGAGGCUACAGGUUGGGAAAGCCCGCUACUUAAAAGGCUUGUUGGAAGAGAAAGGUCUUCAGCAGGCGUCUGUCUAAUAUUUAACAAGAGGGACACCCAUAGGGUGGUUGUCAUGAUACUAAAAGCCAGAUUUCUACAUUGUGUGGCAUCAACCUUUUGAUAAGACGGUAUCUGCAGGAGGCCCUCACCUGCGGAGUGCAGUGGUUAGUUGGGUAUGCAGUGAGACCAGUGCUUUUUUCCAAGAAAAAUGGUGCCAGAACUCACCAUGGAGUUGUUUCAACAAGUGGCCAGGCGACUUGGGGCAGCCCUGAACAGAUGCAGGUUUUACAACAACCAUGUUCACCACUCACGGAGAUGCUAAAAACUACUGCAAGCUGUCUCCCUAGUUGGUUUGGGGGUCGCCGCUAGUUCUGGUGCAGGUCAAAUAAAUGCGCCCCCGCCUCCCUCAUUCUCUUAGAUUCAGGCGAGUGGCUAGGGCAACUCGGAAGGGCCCUCGUGCAAACGUGCGCGUGUGCAACAGUAGAGGCCUGUCUGGAAAGCUUAAAGCCCGACACUGCUACACGGGAACAGAAAGGGAAAUACAGAUGGGCCCCCGUGCUGUAGCUUGACCAAUCAUGGCUAGGAGAGGCUAAGAGCUAGGUGGAGUCAUAUUUUAAAAAGUGUAGAGACUCAUAUGCGAGCCAGCUUCCAUUUUGAAGCUGAGAAGUGCCUGAACUGUGCUCUGGCAUGCUCUGGCUGAAAAAGGUGAGACCAUCCUUCAGGUAUCCUGGUCCCAAGCUGUUUAGGGCUUUACACACCAAACCCAGGACCUUGAAGCUAGCCAGUGGCUGAUUGACUACAGUGGUACCUCGGGUUAAGUACUUAAUUCGUUCUGGAGGUCUGUUCUUAACCUGAAACUGUUCUUAACCUGAAGCACCACUUUAGCUAACGGGGCCUCCUGCUGCUGCCGCGCCGCCGGAGCACGAUUUCUGUUCUCAUCCUGAAGCAAAGUUCUUAACCCGAGGUAAUAUUUCUGGGUUAGUGGAGUCUGUAACUUGAAGCGUAUGUAACCCGAGGUACCACUGUAUUUGUCAGUCAAGGGGGUGGUCUUCAGAUAGAGGCCUGCACAAAGUGGGACCGAUGACCAACCCCCAAAUUUCCAUUCCUUGGGUGUCUGCGACUGUAUUUCUAAGCCUUCACUGCACGGGGAGAGGAGGGAAAUGUCACAUCUGUUCUGGGUUUUUAUUAUUGUUUUGAUUCUGAGAACUAGAGCAUUUUGGCGGCACAGCCGGUUCUCGGAUUGCUUGCUUCCCUGGCACUAGGCCCGCCCUGUGUGUGAUUCGCAGCCUCUACAGUCAGCACAGCAGUGGUACACUAAGGCCUCAUCUGCACGAUACAUUUAAAGCAGUAUCAUACCACUUUAUACAGGCAGUGCUUCCCCCAAAGAAUCCUGGGAACUGUAGUUUGUUAUGAGUACUGAGAGUAGUCUUAGAAGACCCUUCCUCCCCUCAAAGAGCUGCCAGUAGUGGUUUAACUAUCAAUCUUUCUUCCCAGGGAACUCUGACAAUUGUAGCUUUGUGAGGAGAAUAGGGGCUUCCUAACAGUACCCUUAACAGACUACAGUUCCCAGAAUACUUUGGGGAAGCCAUGACUGUUUAAAUUGAUAUGAUUCUGCCUUAAAUGUAUAGCGCAGACAAGAUCUAAGUGAUUGUGACAGAUGUGGUUCCAAGGGGGCAUGCAGGACAGACUGAGGCUAUUUACACACCAUAGGUGUAAAGCACACACCUCCCUCAAGAAUCCUGGGAACUAGUUUGUUGGGUAUUGUAACUCUGACAGAUAAAAUAUCAAGUUCCUAGGAUUAUUGUGAGGGGGUGUUUGCUGCUGUAUGGUGUAUAUGCAACUUCAAUGCAAACUGGGCUGGAAUUUGAACCAAAGCCUCUUGAGCAUUAUUCAACUCAUACACUCUGCUGUUUAAGAGCAGUUGAUACUCUUUCCCUUUCCUUCCAGUCCUGCAGUAACAGGGGCCAAAGUUUAAGCCCUGAAUUGCUGCCAAACAAAGUUCUGCACCCAAGGACCUUGAGUUCCGGGGUUGGCCCAAGAAGGGGGAAGAAGGAUGCUGGGAAUUAUGGCCCUGCUCUUUGACCAUUAGAAAUCAUACUCAGCAAUUUAUCUGAACUCAGCAUAUUUUCGGGCCUAUGUAUGUAUUCUUAAGGACUAGAAUCUUGGAGUUUCUUAAUUCAGGAGGUUGAAUUCUGCAGUACUGAUUCUCCGCACUUGGCAAGGUGGGGCUGCGGAAGCAUGAGAACUGAAGUAGGUCUGAUUUGAGAGCCUGAUCUUACUGCCUGGGAUUCUCUGCUGGAUUCCUGUGCUGGAAUAACCAGCCACGGUGGUUACAAAACACUGGGAGGCUGUGAGGUUUUCUAACUGCAAUGUUGUUGCCAAAGUGAGGGAGCUCAUUUGCCUUUCUGGGGCAAACGCGGCUGGGAAGGUAACAUUUCUGACACAGAUAAAAAGUUCAAAGUUUGUUUACAACUGCAAGCAUUUUUCAAGCCGUUUCAGCUCAGUGGACUGGUCUGUGGCCAAAGCAUUCAGCUCUUUUUGAACUGUAGGGGGUGGCGGAGGAGAGAGAGAGGGGGGGGGGACUCAUGUUGCUCUCUGGCCAAGAGUGCCUUUAUCUGUGUGAACUCGAGUGAGUCUCGGCGGGAUCACGCAACAGGAGUGUGCACCACCAUCCAUCAGAGAAGCAGAUAAACAUGCGGCAAUAACAUACCGCUGUAUUUUCCGCAGCCUGGCAAGGACCCAGCCUUUCUGCUUGUUCCAAAUAACAUUGAGCGGCACAACAACAACAGGAGGAGGAAGGAUUCUGGGAAUUCGGGGAGGAAGAUUGUAUGGUGUAAACACACUGGGGGAGGACAGCAUUUAACGCAGGGAAAAAUAGGGUCACCAGGAAUUCUGUGCAUCAGAUAGGAUUACUGUCUCUUUUUGCAGAGCUCCUUCAUCUGCUUUGUAAGAUGACUGAAAUUUCCCUAAGUCAGGCACAGGGAGUCUUCUUCAGCCUAGGGGCCGCAUUCCCAUCUGGGCAACCACCUGGGGGCCGCAGGCCAGUGGCAGAAAGCAAAAGUGAGCAGAGCAAUGAAUGUGAAUUUGACCUUUGUAUGGUGGGCUAGUUUCUACACCCACAUACAAUAGUCCAUUUUGGCAAGAAGCAUUAAUAGAGUUGCAUUGCAGCCAGGCAAGAACACCCAGAGAGGGUGCAAGGCAGGGCUGGUGUGAGGCUGGGGAGGGUGUGAGGCCUGCAGAGAGUCCCAAGGGCCAGAUGGAGAGGUCUAGAGGGCCACCUCAGGUUUCCCUAAGUUCCUUUGGCCUUCCAGGAGUUGCUGAACUGCAACUCCUAGCACUCCUAGCAAACGUGGCCAAUGGCCGGGGACACAGAGAAUUGUGGUUCAACAUCUGGUGAGUCAAAGGUCCCCUAAACACCUGCCCUAAGUGUGGCUAACCACAUAGCUGCCACAUACCAGCUUGCUGUAAAAGACACAGGUACAGGAGCAUAUUUUAAAAAGGCGACCAUCUUUUAGCUAUGUUUCCAACAAGUUCGGUGCCAUAAACAAAAUGGAUGCUCUUAGACCUUUAGUAAAAUCCAGAUAUUUAAAUCAAAGCAGAGCCCUGCCCCACACAAUGAGGCCCCACAUAGCAUCAUGGUUAAUCCGGCUCUAAUAGCUGCUAGGCCCUGAAAAGGGCAACCAGAAAAAAGGACAUUAAUUGUUAUGUGUGCCUUGCUUUAUCCCUGCUUUGAGAUGCCUGACUGCUCCGAUGGGAUUUCAGAUCUGGGAUUCAAAGCUGGCUCGGAGCCCAGACCUUUAUAGAGGCUACAAGAUCUGGCCUGCAGGCCGGCCUCCUUCCCAGCAACGUGGGGUGAGAAGCACGUGGAUCCCUUACUUAGCUCUGGGGCAGCCUCACCCCUGUUGAGGCUUCCUCCCACCUCUCCUCCUCCUCCUCCAGCCCUGGGCUGAACACAAGCCUGAACGUGAUGGAAGCCUGACCCAAAUGUUGGACAGGUAUUUGAUGGAAAUCAAAAGAGGAACGGUUGGAGUUUAAGAGCCUUGGGAGUGAGGGUGCUCAGGAAUGAGUGCCCUUCAGGACUUGGAAGAAAAUUGCUAAGAAAAAAAGAGGAGAUUCCAUUCUGCCAGCAUUCUUUGCCCAGGUUCUCUAGAAAUAAGAUAUUGAGGUCAGAUGGUUUCUCCCUUGGGUUGACAAGCCCAACUGGCUAGAAUGUUUAUAUUUAUUUAAGUAGUAUAAGUAGUUAAGACUUAUACCCUGCUUUCCAACAAUGUGGAGCUGACAAAAAAAAUCAGACAUGUAUUAUUAUUAUUAUUAUUAUUUAUUUAGGCUUGCAAUAUUUUAAAAAAUAAAACCAGCUUUUUUUAGUUAGAAAAAACUCCAAAACUGUUGCUUGCCAAAGAUCCAGGACAAACCAGCACCUUCCAGAAAUUCCCCCCAGAAGUCCCUAUUUUUUAUUAUUAUUAUCAGUCACUUUAUACAAAAGGAAGUUUUAAAGUGACUGAACUGUAUAACACAGAAAUUUUAAACAAGCAAACAUUAAAAACAUAAAUACAAAAUCCAUAAAAUGUGCAUCCAGUAAGAUAUUAAGAAAGCCAAUCCACUCUACUAAAAGAUGAGCAAUACUAUAGGUGCACUAGCGUACAAAAUACAAAUACAACAACUAUUUUUUUAUACUAUAUAAUGUCGGGCAUGGAAGUGCUAUUCCAGGCCAACUGAUUACUACCCAGACAUGCCUUGGUCCAUGAUGCCAAUCAGGGGCGCCAUCUAUGCGGGGCUGUGGGGGCCGAGGCCCCCCAAAUUUUCAAUGAAGGGUCCGGGGCCCACCAAAGUUCUGUGGCAGCAUGUACACAUGCUUCGGAGCAUCAGCACAACAUGUCAGCACACCCCACAACACGUGUGAGUGACAUCACGCCGUGGGAGACCAGGGUUCAAAUCACCCACUUAGCCAUGAUGAAACCAUCUGGGUGACCUUGGGCCAGUCAUUUGUCUCUCAGCCUAAGCUACCUCACAAGGUUACUGAAUCCCCUCUUGCUGGGCUUUUUGGGUCCACCAACCCUUCACAAAGGGAUGCAGGUGGCGCUGUGGGUUAUAAGCCACUGAGCCUAGGACUUGCCAAUCAGAAGAUCGGUGGUUCAAAUCACCGUGACGGGGUGAGCUCCCGUUGCUCGGUCCCUGCUCCUGUCAACCUAGCAGUUCGAAAGCAUGUCAAAGUGCAAGUAGAUAAAUAGGUACCGCUCCGGCGGGAAGGUAAACAGCGUUUCCGUGCACUGCUCUGGUUCGCCAGAAGCGGCUCAGUCAUGCUGGCCACAUGACCAGCUGUACGCCGGCUCCCUCGGCCAAUAAAGCGAGAUGAGCACCGCAACCCCAGAGUCGUCUGCGACUGGACCUAAUGGUCAGGGGUCCCUUUACCUUUAACCCUUCACAAAUAUAUGCAGGUCUGUUAGAUGUACAAAAUGUCUUGUGUGGGUGGAGGCACUGACACCCCCCACCCCCAGUUUAGGUGUCAGGUUGUUUUGGCAGCGGGGACAAAAUCCACUUAGCUUGAGGGGAGAGGCAGGUCAAGUUAAAAGAGCCAAAGUCUGCUUUCAGUCUUGGCUUGUCUGAGAGUUGUUUACUGCCCUAGCAAUGAACAUUGGGAUGGGGGGAAGGGAGGGAAAGAGGAAAAGAGAGAGAGAGGAGGACUGGAGCGUUGACAAGUUUUGCUGAGUCAGGAGAUGCGGCUUAAGGUGGAAGACUCUGGAGUGGCUGGCUUCUUGCUGGGGGAAAAAAUCUAUUUUUUCUUUCUAUCAAAGGAAUUCCAAGAUCAGCUGAGGCCGCGCUGAGCCUGCACGAUUUAUGA